GAGAGCCCGUCCUGGGUCUCCCUCCACGUGGCAGCUGUUGGCUUGGCCCGAGAGACUGUAGGGUCGUGGGUCACCUGAUACGGAAAGGGGGAGGGCUUGCUGUCGCCCGGCCCCAGAGGGAAGGAGAGGUCUUGGAGGGGCAACUGGAAGAUGGGGUCGUAGGGUAGCCUUGAACUUGCCCUUCUUCCUGCCAGCUUCUAGGGGUCUUUCCUGGCGCGAGAGUCCGGACAUGGGCCCGCGGUGCUUCAGAGCGCGCUCUGCCCCUUGCUGUCCUCUGGGGACCUGGGCAAAUGCGGACUUUCUCCCCCAGCAGCCCGGCCCUGAGCGCCCUGGCCUGGGUGGGAGAACCCGGCAGCCUGCUAGGAAGCUGCAGCGCGCAGACAGGACCUUCCUUGUUUCCGAUAGUGGCUCAGCGGGAGCCUCGUGCCGCGUGCACCUCUGGCACUGCUAGUGCGCACGGAGCCAGCUCCGUGGCACCGGCUGGGAAGCCCAGGGCUCUAUGGGGCCUCCAUGAGGGGCUCCUCGCGGGCUGGCCCGAGAGGUGUCGGGUGCCACCAUGAUGCAGGACCCUUCCCUGGGGCCACUGGGGGGCCCUUCACCCAGCGCUCUGUUUCUGUGCAGGCUCGGGGUCAGCAUGGCCCCCACGCUGCAACAGGCGUACCGGAGGCGCUGGUGGAUGGCCUGCACGGCUGUGCUGGAGAACCUCUUCUUCUCUGCUGUGCUCCUGGGCUGGGGCUCCCUGUUGAUCAUUCUGAAGAACGAGGGCUUCUAUUCCAGCAUGUGCCCAGCUGAGAGCAGCACCAACACCACCCAGGAUGAGCAGCGCAGGUGGCUGGACUGUGACCAGCAGGACGAGAUGCUCAACCUGGGCUUCACCAUCGGUUCCUUCGUGCUCAGCGCCACCACCCUGCCACUGGGGAUCCUCAUGGACCGCUUUGGCCCCCGACCCGUGCGGCUGGUUGGCAGUGCCUGCUUCACUGCGUCCUGCACCCUCAUGGCCCUGGCCUCCCGGGACGUGGAAGCUCUGUCUCCGUUGAUAUUCCUGGCGCUGUCCCUGAAUGGCUUUGGUGGCAUCUGCCUAACGUUCACUUCACUCACGCUGCCCAACAUGUUUGGGAACCUGCGCUCCACGUUAAUGGCCCUCAUGAUUGGCUCUUACGCCUCUUCUGCCAUUACGUUCCCAGGAAUCAAGCUGAUCUACGAUGCCGGUGUGGCCUUCGUGGUCAUCAUGUUCACCUGGUCUGGCCUGGCCUGCCUUAUCUUUCUGAACUGCACCCUCAACUGGCCCAUCGAAGCCUUUCCUGCCCCUGAGGAAGUCAAUUACACGAAGAAGAUCAAGCUGAGUGGGCUGGCCCUGGACCACAAGGUGACAGGUGACCUCUUCUACCAUGUGACCACCAUGGGCCAGAGGCUCAACCAGAAGGCCCCCAGCCUGGAGGACGGUUCGGAUGCCUUCAUGUCACCCCAGGAUGUUCAGGGCACCUCAGAAAACCUUCCUGAGAGGUCUGUCCCCUUACGCGAGAGCCUCUGCUCCCCCACUUUCCUGUGGAGCCUCCUCACCAUGGGCAUGACCCAGCUGCGGAUCAUCUUCUACAUGGCUGCCGUGAACAAGAUGCUGGAGUACCUUGUGACUGGUGGCCAGGAGCAUGAGACGAAUGAACAGCAACAAAAGGUGGCAGAGACAGUUGGGUUCUACACCUCCAUCUUCGGGGCCAUGCAGCUGUUGUGCCUUCUCACCUGCCCCCUCAUUGGCUACAUCAUGGACUGGCGGAUCAAGGACUGCGUGGACGCCCCAACUCAGGGCACUGUCCUCGGAGAUGCCAGGGACGGGGUUGCUACCAAAUCCAUCAGACCACGCUACUGCAAGAUCCAAAAGCUCACCAAUGCCAUCAAUGCCUUCACCCUGACCAACCUGCUGCUUGUGGGUUUUGGCAUCACCUGUCUCAUCAACAACUUACACCUCCAGUUUGUGACCUUUGUCCUGCACACCAUUGUUCGAGGUUUCUUCCACUCAGCCUGUGGGAGUCUCUAUGCUGCAGUGUUCCCAUCCAACCACUUUGGGACGCUGACAGGCCUGCAGUCCCUCAUCAGUGCUGUGUUCGCCUUGCUUCAGCAGCCACUUUUCAUGGCGAUGGUGGGACCCCUGAAAGGAGAGCCCUUCUGGGUGAAUCUGGGCCUCCUGCUAUUCUCACUCCUGGGAUUCCUGUUGCCUUCCUACCUCUUCUAUUACCGUGCCCGGCUCCAGAAGGAGUACACCGCCAAUGGGAUGGGCCCACUGAAGGUGCUUAGUGGCUCUGAGGUGACCGCAUAGACUUCUGAGACCAAGGGACCUGGAUGACAGGCAAUCAAGGCCUGAGCAACCAAAAGGAGUGCCCCAUAUGGCUUUUCUACCUGUAACAUGCAAUGCACAUAGAGCCAUGGCCGUAGAUUUAUAAAUACCAAGAGAAGUUCUAUUUUUGUAAAGAGUGCAAAAAGGAAAAAAAAAACCUUCAAAAACGCCCCCUAAAGCAACGCUCCAUUGACUGAAGACAGUCCCUAUCCUAGAGGGGUUGAGCCUUCUUCCUCCUUGGGUUGGAGGAGACCAGGGUGUGGAGCUGCCUCUUAUCUCCUUCUAGGGGUCUGCCUCCUGGUACCUCUUGGGGGGAUCAGCAAACAGGCUACCCCUAAGGUCCCAUGUGCCAUGAGUGUGCACACAUGCAUGUGUCUGUGUAUGUGUGAAUGUGAGAGAGACACAGCCCUCCUUUCAGAAGGAAAGGGGCCUGAGGUGCCAGCUGUGUCCUGGGUUAGGGGUUGGGGGUCGGCCCCUUCCAGGGCCAGGAGGGCAGGUUCCCUCUCUGGUGCUGCCUCUUGCAAGUUUUAGAGGAAAUAAAAAGGGAAGUGAGAGA